AUGCUGAAUCGCAAUAUCUGCCUCCAAAUGCAUCACAUUCGUUCAUCUCAUUAUUCCGAUCAAAAAAACUCAGAAUCAAUCACGUUUGAGGCGUUAAACGCUAUUAAACGACAUCAUCAAUCCGUCACUAGCACCGUGCGAACUGGCAUUCACGUUUUAAGCUUUCCCAUGUCGUGCCUAUUGCUUGUUCACUUUACUAUUAUCAUAUCGGAAAUAUUCUACGCGUAUACAUCCAUCGUGCAGGAUAUCAAAAACGAUGUUGAAGUGCCGCUGGGGACGUAUAUGAGCUCUAUUCUGUUUGCCGCUUUUGAGGCUAUUCAAUUUUACUACAUCAUUUCGGCCAGUUCCGAAAUCACCGAACAGGCGGAAAAAACUGGCAUAUUACUUAAUGAGUUCAUGCCAACAGCUCCUAAUCUGUGCGUAGAACGAUGCAUCGAAUCGUUCACUAUAGAGCUGUUGCACCAAGACUUCAAAAUCAAUAACUGUGGCAUGUACGAUGUUGACUACACAUUGAUGUUUUCGAUGAUCGCCACCAUAACCAGCUACCUGAUCAUGUUAGUGCAGUUCCAAUUGGCUGAGAUUUAA